AUGCAGCUGGUGGAGCAGCCGUGGCAACGAUCCCGGCUCCUGCUGCGGAUCCGCUCCCCCAUCGCCCGAGCCAUGGAAAGGGGGACAGCGGGAGACCCUCACGGGGCCCAGGGGGACCCUCCAGCAGGGACCUACUUCAUCCCACACAGGCCCCGAUCCCUGCGAUGUCCCCAGGGAGCCGUGCCGGUGUCCCAGCAGCCCGUGAUGAUCCUCCAGCAGCUUCCAGGGCCCGGGGCUGUCCUGGCCCCCCCCGCGGGACCCCCGCCCGUCCGGGGAGAUUUAAUCGAGUUGAUGAUGAUUCAAAACUCCCAAAUGCACCAGGUGCUGAUGAACAGCCUGGCCAUGUCGGCACUGACGUCCUUCGGCUUUGGCCCAUCCCCAGCCACUGCCCAGGCGCUGGCGAUGCCUUUGCAGCCCGAGGAGGAGGAGGAGGAGGAGGCUGUGGUUUUCCACCAUCACUACAUCCCCUACCCAGGUCCUGUUCCCAUCCCGCCGUGGCUGGACCCGGAGCGGGAUCGGGGUCCAGGGGCUGUGCGGUUCCUGGGCUCCUUAGCUGAGGAUGAGGUCAGUGUGGUGCCCCCUCCUCCACCCCCCAGUGCCACCGGCACCGUGGGACCCAAUGUCCCGCCAGCAUCAGGUAAGGACACGUUCUCCCCAUGUCCCUCAACGAGGAACAUCUUCCCUGGCUUUGAUCAGCCAGGCAGCCCCACCGAGGCUGAGCCUUCCCUGCUCCCUGUAUCCAUCCGAUCCAGGGCGGGACAUCCCUUGCACAUCCUCCAGCUCCUCCCUUUCCCCACAGAGUACUACAGCGUGCUGGAGGAGAGGCUGUGA